AUGUCUUCUCUGUCGGGAGCCGACGGAGAGGACUUGCUUCUGGACUUGGAAAGAAAAAAAGAACUGGCGUUGAAAGGGUGGCGCGGGAGCCGCAAAACGCGGCCUCUGGGGUGUACGUACACCCCAGCGGUGCCGCCGGGGUGUACGUACACCCCGGGCGCGCCGACGGGGUGUACGUACACCCCAGAACAGGCCGCGCAUGCAGCUCGCGAGAGCUUCUCUCCACUUUCUUUUUGUUUCAAUCCGAAUCCGGAGUUCAGCAAAAAGGACCACGAGGCGCUGCUGCAGCAGGCCUGCAGCCAGCUGCAGCAAGUCCUCAAAAACCCUUCUUCUUGCCUCGCGCUGCAGUUCAAUCUCGAAGCAAUUUCCAAACUUCUUCCUUUUUUAAAUGAACACAAAAACUUCCAAACCCUCAAGUCCCACCAAGUCUGCAACAGGCUGCUCCUUUCCCACCUCACCGCCGCCGUUCUCCACGCCGUCGCCGAACAAAAAGUCCCUUUCUCUGCACAAGCUGUCAGCGCCAUCACCACUUACAUUGAAAUGCUCACUGAGGCCCUUUACGCCAUGCGGGAUUCCCACUUGCUGGAGCGGAUAAACACGGAGGACGCGAGCGAGGGUUUAGGGUUUAGGACCGCGGAAAAUGCUGCAAUAAACCCUCAGUGCCUUUACCCCUUCACUCUGGCCAGCCGCUGCGGGCUGCGAGCUGGGGGUCCCUGGCCUUCGCUGUGGAGCAGCAGCUGGGAGCCUUCUUACUGCAGCUGGAGCAGCAGCAUCACGCAAAGUGCUGCAGCUGCUGCUACUGCUGCUGCUGCUGCAGUAGGAGCCGAAGGCCCCAGCAGCAGCAACGGCAGCAGCCAGGAGCAGCAGACACGCUCCCAAACCAACAGCACGGGCAGACAAACGCCCCCAGAAAGUACCUACAGCAACGACCAGCAGCGGCAGCAGCAGCAGCACAACGGGCAUUCGUACUAUCAGCAGCAGCAGCAGCAGCAACAGCUGCACCAGUGGAGGAACUCGCGCUCGCCGAGUGUAUUUGCGUCUUCUCGCGCUGCCUCUCCAGCAGCACCAGCAGCAGCAGCAGCAGCAGCAAGGGGCCCUGGUUCAACCCGAAGCCACCAAAGAAGAGAAAAUGGCGCAAGAAACAAGCAGCAGCAGCAGCAGCAGCAGGAAGAAAACACUCCACUUCACAGGCACUGGAAAGGCUCCGUUAUUCCCUGUUGGCGGCCCGGAUGCAAAAAGGAUUUGCCGCAAGGGUUUACUCUAAACCCUGACACUCUCAAGAUGCACUACUGCCCGGGAUGCUACAUUGCCUCUUACUGCAGCCUUCGCUGCCGAAAGCUGCACUACGUCAAAGGCCAUUCCGAGGUUUGCUGCUAUUUCCGCCGCCCCCCCACAUUUCUGCGUUUUCAGCUGCUGCCGCAUCUGUUUCCGACCCAGCCGAAAUAUUUUAUUCUAAAUUCUUUUUUUGACAUUAAUUUUCCCCUCUUCACUCCUCAAGGGGAGCUGGAGGACUUCCAGCCCAUCUUCUAG